AUGAGCUCUGCCGGAGAUGAGGUGCCCACUGCUGCGAGCGGACAACAGAUCCGCUCGCCGGUGGAGGAGGGUCGCGAUGCAGAGCUUGCAAGUUUGCAACAGCAGAUUUCGCAAUUGGCGGCCCUCGUGGAGGAGUCGAUGAAGAAGAAGGAGCCUGGCAGCGUCGUGGCGGAUGCAGCCAGGAGUGGCGGCUGGGUUGCCGCCACGCGAGACCAACCCACGCUGCCGCUCGGCGGUGGCGGGGAUUUCUCCAGCAGCAAGCGAGAGAUGGUAGGCAAGGACCACGGCAGCUGCUGGGAGGCGGCUGGGCCAGCAGAUCGUGAGCGAAUCCUGCGAGACCAGCCGGAGUGGGCCCGGGCAUAGGACCGGACUACGCGGAAGCGAGUGGGUUAAAUGUGAUCCCGAAUACCAAGUAUUACAUUGGCGUCCUCGGCGCUUUUUUCUUCCCUGGGUGCGAGAUCCGUUGCGUUGUUGGUUGUUGUUGGCUUUCGGUUUGAAGUACCGCUGUAGUCUUUCGCGUCGGCGUCAUGGCAAUGUGUACUCGCAAUUCGGUUGUUUCCGGCUGCGCGACUUGUCGCGUGUCAGCCUCUCGUUCUAGUAGGCCCUUUUCGUUGGGCACUCCCAUUGCCCGUCUCUCUUCUUCCUCGCCUACCGAAUCUCCUGGGAUUGGCCCGUCCGGGUCGUCACGGGGGAUUUACCCAUCUUGCCGGUUGCAGUACGACUCUUCGCCAGGUGCGUCGUCUCCACGCGGUCACCCCG